UGGGUCUAAUGGGCUAACUACGAAGUUGGAUGGGUAUAGUACGUUCCAACUACCUUGUAAGUUCUAUCUUGGUAGUAAAAGCGGUGAUAUCUCCAACGACGAACGGUCCUAUAAGACGGGAGAUAUCUCACUUCUAGCUAGCUAUGGAAAUAUAUAUAUAUAUUAGCAAGUUAUAUAUCGAAACUUUCAACGACGUUCGACUUGUCUUUUUAGUUCAAAAUAUCGAUCGUUAACAUGAAACUCAAUGUCACGAUUCCUCUCCUCACUGCGGCUCUGGUCCGUGCCAUUCCGAUGGAAGAUGGUCCUACUCUAGGCGAGGCCUCCGCGGCCGGCCACCUUGUCGCGAGAAAUACUGGAAUGGGUGAGUGCAAAUUAUAUAAAGGCAAAGCUUGGGGUUGUAUCGGCAAAUGGCUAGACGGUGGAAGCUUUCGCCGCGGCUGUACAUCAGGAAGUUGUGAUAAUAAAAAGGGGGAUGUUUGCUGUAAGUUUAAUAGCUAAAAAAAAAAAAAAACUCUUUUGAAUAUAGAAAAAUGUUAACGGUAAUAUAGUUGCUAGCACAGCUACAGAUGGGUGAGUCACGUCAUCCCAACCCGCGCUUUCGCCGACUUGCUAAAACGAACACAGUUUGAUUCAUGUUACGUGCCCAGGAGAAGAUUAAGUGAUAUAGCCUUCGUGUAGUAAUAACAUGAAUUAAGUAUAUAUCUCUUAUAUUCUGAGUCUAGUAGUAGAUAGAUGAAUAGUAUAAAUACCUACAAAGGUUAUAAGAGCUUUCUAUAGCCUAAAAGCUACCUUGAAGGAUUAUAGCCUUGUUUCUCUACUGUUGAGGGGUACUGUGAGGUUAGAUUACCCCACUUUACUGUUGCUGAGAGCUGCGCAGUUGCCUUUGCCCCCGGGGGCAGCUUUUCUAUACCUAGUACGCCUUGUUUUCGUCGGUCUCUCUAGCCAGUCGACCAUCACACUAGGCGUUAUAUCCUACUAUCUGUAUUUCCUUUCUUUUUCCUUUCUUUUUCCUUUCUGCUUUCACUAUCUAUCCAGGUCAGUUUUCCUGUGUGUGCAUGAGUGAUUAUAUUAUGGCUGUGUAGUAUGGCUGUGUAGUAUGCUAUUAUAUUGUCGUCGCGGAAUCCUUAGCGAGGACCUGCCCCCGGCGGCAAG